AAUCGAUAAGUAAUCAUUUUAUGAUUUAAAGGAAUUUUAGUGUAAUAGUUAAGUGGAUAUAUGAUUAAAACAGUUUUUUGCAAUAAAAAAAUGAAAAGAAAAGAACAACAAAUUACCAAGUUUGAGUUUUGAGGAAAAGAAAAGGAGAAAAGAAAAAGGAAAAGAAAAAGAAAAAGAUAUUCUGUGUUGUUGUAGGUAGAAUGGAAUGGAUUAGAUGAUGAUGAGGAUACAAUAAAUGGAAGUAACGGUGAAGAAGAAGAAGCCGGAGGGAUGAAGAGCAAAUACAUAAAACUUAUCAUAUUUCUAUUCAUUCUCAAUUCAAUCACCCUUUCACUCUAUUUCUCUUCCUCUUCUGAUUACUUGCACCGCCGCCGUUUCACCCUUCAACAACUACAUAAAACUAAUAAUUCCUCCAACUUACUUCAACAGCUACAUAAUAACAAUAAGCCAUGGCCGAUCUUGCCUUCUUACCUUCCAUGGCGCUCUUCCAAACUCCCUCCUCCUAAGUUGAGAUCAUGUGAAGCCUAUUUCGGCAACGGAUUCACUCGCCGUCUCGAUCUCCUCCCAGAAACAACAGAUGGAGGAUGGUUUAGAUGUUAUUACAGUGAGACUUUACGGAGUUCCGUAUGUGAGGGUGCAAGUUUGCGUAUGCAUCCUGACAAGAUCAAGAUGUCCGCCGGCGGUGAGGCUAUUGAGUCUGUCAUCGGCCGCUCUGAAGACGAAGAGCUCCCACUCUAUGAACCCGGUGCUUUUGAUUUACUUGUGCCCAACAACGACAAGAAGGAGUUUGGUAGCUUGUUGAAUGAGUAUUGGCCGAAACAAGGCGGAAGGCAUCCGAUGCGUGAUCUUAUCGAUUCCGUUCGCUUAGCCUCCCCAAAUCAAUUCCAUUGCUCUCAGUGGAUUGAGGAGCCAACACUUUUGAUCACUCGCUUCGAGUAUGCCAACCUUUUUCACACGGUCACCGAUUGGUACAGUGCCUAUGUGUCUUCAAGAGUUACUGGCUUGCCAAACCGGCCUCAACUGGUUUUCAUAGACGGCCACUGUAUGACGCAAUUGGAAGAAACAUGGAGGGCUGUGUUCUCAGGUCUAAGAUAUGCUAAAAGUUUCACUGGUCCUGUCUGCUUUCGUCAUGCUAUCCUCUCGCCAUUAGGGUAUGAAACUGCCAUGUUCAGGGGUUUGUCUGAAAAUAUUGAUUGUUAUGGAGCUUCAGCCCCUGAUUUAUGGCAGAACCCUGAUGACAAAAAAACGGCCCGAAUUUCAGAGUUUGGGGAGAUGAUACGGGCUGCAUUUUCACUUCCCUUACACCGACACCACCACAGUUCAAAAUCAGGGUCACUAGAUUAUAAUGUUUUGUUUGUGCGACGUGAGGAUUAUUUGGCCCAUCCUCGCCAUGGUGGGAAGGUUCAAUCAAGGCUUAGCAACGAACAAGAAGUAUUUGAUGCAUUAAAGAUCUGGUCAUCGACUCAUACAAAAUGCAAAAUUAAUCUAAUUAACGGACUAUUUGGGCAUAUGUCAAUGAAGGAACAAGUGAUAGCUGUACAAGAUGCAUCGGUUAUUGUGGGUGCUCAUGGUGCAGGACUCACUCACAUAGUAUCGGCAACAGAUGCGGAAGUUUUAGAGAUUGUUGCAAGCGAGUUUAGGAGACCUCAUUUUGAACUUAUUUCUCGGUGGAAAGGGCUGAAUUACCACCCUAUAUAUUUGAGUGGAUCGCAUGCCAAUCCAACAGUAGUUAUCAAAAAGCUCAGGGAUAUUUUGAAGAGCUUAGGAUGUUAAUAUGGAGUUGAAUCUGUAAUAUUUCACGUACCCUUUGAUUUUGGGGCAUAGCAUUUUUAGAGAAUAGAGAUUGUUCUCUUUCUCUUUGUUGACACGAUUCAAUAUUGUCAUGGAUGGGUUUAGCAUAAUUAUCAUAUGGCUUGAAAUAUUGAAGCAGUUGCCAGUUAAUGAAGAGGCGGGGUCAAAGCAUACUGGUUUUCUGCUGAAACACGAUUUGAAAUGACAUGACAUACGGAGUGUCUUUGUGUUGCUGUUUUUAUACGAAUAACAAUUUACAACUAUCGGUUGACAUCAUUGAACAUAGUUACUGUACUAUUUGCUAGAUUGUAAACAUGUGCAGACUUUCGAAUUUUGAUUAUGCAUCUUUACUCUUUUUGUA